AUGGCAGACAGCGACUCUGGGCACUCCGACGAAGAAACUGUGAAUCAUGUCUACAAUUUCCCGACGCCAUUCGAGUGGAAUAUUCGUGAUCCGAUAACGCUUCACGAGCUUCGGAUGCGUGCGUUCGCCGCGAUGGUCCUCGAGAAGCCGCGCUGGUGGGAGAAGGUCCUCGACGAAGCUCUCGUGGACAAAUGGCGUCAGGAGAUGCAAGAGUUUGACCGUCUCGCUGUCGCUCGUGCGCAAAAGCAGGUCAAACGGCGUUGGCCAAAGGAUGGUGAUUCGGACGACCCGGAUGACCACUCCGAGGAUGAGGAUGAAGAAGAUAGCGCAAUUCAACAAUGGCUCUGCGACCUGGUGACGGAUGCACAGUUCGAGUGGACCUUCGCGUUCCUUAAGCAUGCUGCGGGACAAAGAGACGAGACGACCGGAUGUCAGGUCACGACUAUCCCAUGUGUUUAUGAGGCGUCAGUCCUUGUGCCCGAAGAGCUGAAGAUGUCCCUGACGCAACAGGCGGGGGUUCUCGAGUCAGUGCCUGACGAGGAGAAAGACUGGCAUCCAGGCUCUGACGGGCAAGUCCUCGACCUCGUUCAUCCUUCCCUCUACUGCCUGUGUAUCGACCGGACCCAGGUCGUCCGCCCUGCUGAGGAAAUCGCUCGGUUUGGCGACCCUCUCACGGUGUACAACAUGGCAAUGUGUCGCGAGGAGCGUCCGGACAUCGACCACGACAUAGGGGACUACUACAUCUCUCUAGACUUCCAAUGGCUACCCACAGACUUUCAAGUCUCCGAGUCCGGCGACGUGAGACGUCUCGGAUACAUAAACAACCUGCAUCCCAUCAAGCACAGAGCUCUGUGCGACACUAUCACGUCCGUGCUGCAACGCUUCGUGCCUCUGUUCGAGAAGUCCCUCUCUGACGUCCUCAGCCCGACUCCACCACUAGCGAUCAACGUAAACCCGUAUCUCUGGUAUUCGCAUCUACCCCUAGAGGUGAGAUACGAUUCAGAGUCGGAGAAGCGCAAGCCGCUCAUCCCCGACCCAACCCCGUUCGCGCCGCCCUCCGCCGAAGGCCGUAUCGAGCUCAACCUGAAGGGGCGCGUCCUCCAGGUGAUAGUCAAGCUUGCGAACAUCAUGCUUACGCCGGAGAAGCCGCACUACCGCGGCGGGUCGUGGCACGUCGAGGGCAUGGCGAACGAGAAGAUUGUCGCGACGGGCCUAUAUUACUACGCAUGCGACAACAUCACCGAGUCCCGGCUCGCGUUCCGCGCGCAGGUCGGUACGGACUCAGAGAGCAUCAAUAUGCUAUACGUGAACGGGGAUAGAAGGGCGUGGAAGACUACGUAUGGAAUGGGAAGUGAAGAGCCACUCAAUCAAAACCUCGGGUCGAUUGUGGCAGCGGAGGGAAAGUGCGUGGUGUUCCCGAACAUCUACCAGCACCGCGUGCAGCCGUUCGAGCUCGCGGACAAGACGAAGCCGGGACAUAGGAAGAUCCUAUGUUUCUUUCUGGUCCAGCCUUUCGUCACGAUCGCAUCGACCUCGCGGGUGCCACCUCAGCAGCGCGAGUGGAUUCUAGAUGAGAUGGAACGGGCACCCCCGUUGCAGAGGCUGCCGAGGGAGCUGUUCGACAUGGUUGCCGAUUACGCCCUUGCGAGUACAAGUACGAGGAAGCAGGCAGAAAAUGACAGAGAGGAGUUGAUGGAGGAGCGGAAGAACUUUGUGGUGACGCACAACGAGGAAGUGUUUGAAGUGCCGUUCAAUUUAUGCGAACAUUAG